AUGAUGCGCCGAUCUUUUUUAUCCCUUGCAGCAGCGGCUACUGCCACUACCACUGCCGCUUCUGGAAAUGCCAAGAUGAAUGCCCUUUACAAGAUUCUUACUGGUGAGACGCACUUCAAGAACAAGACACCUGUAAAGGUGUGCAAUAUUGUACAUCAGUUUGGUGAAAAGUGGGAGGAAGAGAUGGCAGCAUACAGUAAGACUCUCUCAGCAGAACAGAAGAAACUCAUUGAGCGACAGGUGGAGCGUGUGAAGCUUACACGUUAUACCGUUGCUGAACUCGCCGCAUACUGCGGUGAUGGUCCCGCCUUUUUGGAUGCGGCGGCCCAAGAGGCGAAUAUUGAGCAGGGUGUGGAAUUCCUCAAACAAAAGGGAGUAGAGGAGUUCGACAAGUACGUUGCCCAGGAGGCGGCUAACGCAAACUGGAAGCCAGAGGAGGCGAAGAAGUUCGCCGAUGCCGUGAAGGCCAAGGCAAAGGCCAAGUAA